AUGAUCAAGAAGGCGCUGUUCCUAAUCGACACACAAGCAGAGCUUGUCUCGAUUCCAAGUACCGCUAUUCCCCAUGCAGAACGCAUUUGUGAAGUCGGUGGUGCGAUCCUUGACCGUGCGCGACUCAUUCCCAGCACAGAACUUGAGAUCAUCGUGGUUCAACACUGUGAGGAUGCAAGCGAUCCAAAUGCCACGCUAGUACCCGGUAGCAAGGAGUGGAAGCUGGCUUUACCUCCUCGAGAAGGUGUCAAGAAUGAAAGAGUUGUCCGCAAAACCACCGGUGAUACAUUUGAAUCGAAUCCUUCGUUAGCGAGUGAUCUGAAGGACCAAGGCGUGACCACAGUCGUGGCCAUCGGGGUUCAAAGUGAACAAUGCGUGCGCGCUACCUGCCGAGGGGCUGUAGAUGCGGGGUUUACGGUAGUGCUGCUGCAAGGGGCACAUUCCACCUAUGACAAUGCAGGUACGGGGGAAAGUGCAGAAGAUAUCGAGAAGGCAGUCGAACAGGAGCUACAGUCUAUCGGCGUUCAAAUUGUACCUUGGGAUCAGUAUACUUUCUGA